AUGUCAAAUCUAAAAAUGAAAGAGGCAGCCCUUAUCUAUCUUGACAGAAGUGGAGGCCUCCAGAAGUUCAUAGAUGAUUGCAAAUACUACAAUGAUUCAAAACAAAGUUAUGCUGUCUAUCGAUUCAAUGUUUUAAUAAAUCCCUCUGAUAUUGUUGAAUUGGAUGCUGAACUUGGAAAUCACAUUUUACACCAGCCUUUAAAAGCUGCUCAAGUUUUUCAAUCAGUCUGUUAUAUUGCUGUUAAGACUCUCUCACUAAUUGGACAGUUGCAGACUGAAACUCAAAUUAAUAUAGUGCUGAAGUUAACACAUUUACCUCCUCUGCCAAGUUAUUGUCUUGAUCUUUGUGAAUUUCCACGUGAUUAUACAUCUCAAAGAUUUUAUACGAUGCAAGGAAUUGUGAUUGCAAUGACAACUGUAACCAAGUAUACACAAGGCGCAAGAUUUCUUUGUUCAGAUGAAGCAUGCCCUCUUUCAAAAGGAUUUCAGUAUAUAAGAGUGCAUGUACCUGGUGCUACAGAAUCUGCAACAGUAAGAAGUGACUUUUUGUGUAAUCUAUGUUCAUCUUCACUUCAAGAAGACAGAAAAUUUAGAGUACUUGGUGAUAAACAGAUAGUUGAAAUAAUUACUGCAAAAUCACUUCAUGCUUUUCAAGGAUGUUGUAACAACCAGCCAUUUAGGUUUCAAUCUCUUACAGUCUUUCUCAGAGAUGAAUCAGUGAAUAAAAUGAAUAUAGGAAAUGAGUAUAAGGUUAUUGGAAUUCCAGCCUGUGUAAAAACAUCACAAACUGCUAUCUGUAUAGAAGCAAAUAGUAUCACUUUUUGCAUUCCAAAAGUUCCUUCAGGAAUUAGUGACAAUUUCAGGUGUCUCCUCUCUCUGACUUCCAGCUCAUGCUGGAAGUUUACAGCAAUACUUGCCAACAUCUUUGCAUCACAGAUUGUUCCUCCUGGGACUUACAAUUUGCUCAAGCUAUGUUUGCUGAUGAGUCUAGUACAGACAAGUGACCGUAACAAGGAACUGGAAAAUUGCUUGGAUAUUUUAAUUGUAACAAGUGAUACUAUACUCAUAGACAGGCUUUUGAAUUUUAGUAUAAACCUUGUGCCCCGUGGUAUACGACAUUCGGUCUCCACUGAAAUUUUCCCUACUCUAUCCAGGAAUAAGUAUGGAACUGGAGCAGUUAGCAUUCAAGCUGGCAGUGCUUUGCUAGCUAAAGGUGGUAUCUGCUUUAUAGGAGACUUGGCUUCACACAAAAAAGAUAAACUUGAACAGCUCCAGUCAGCCGUGGAAAGUAGAAGCAUCACAGUCUACAUCUCAGGAAAAAAGUUUGGGGAUGAUGUGGAUCAACAAAUGACUUUUCCAGUUCAGUGCAGUUUUUGGUCUUUUCUUGAUAUGGAUUCACCUUCAAGGAGAAAUAUACAGAAAACCAAUAUGCUAAUUGGUCAGAUGGAUUGCAGUUUAAUUCCAGCUAAUCUUGUAGAGGCAUUUGCAUUAUUGAUUAACUGCAAUGAAUCAUCUCCUUGCCACCCACUUCUUCCAACUGUGCAACAUACUUUAAAGAAAGCCAUUGAUCCUGAAGGGCUGCUUUAUUUAGCUUCUAAACAGUUCACAACUGAAGAUUUUGAAAAGCUGCUUGCUUUUGCAAAGAAUUUGAAUGUGGAAUUCAGCUUGGAGGCAGAAAGAAUGAUUCAUGGCUAUUACCUAGCAAGUCGCAGAAUCAGAACAGAUUCUAUAUGUGGAUCAAAACUGUCAGCAUCUGCAUUAAAAUAUUUAGUUUCCCUAUCUGAAGCCCAUGCUCGACUGAACUUAAGGAAUAAAGUGCUUAAAGAAGAUGUACUAAUUGCAGCCUUAUUAUUUGAAACAUCUCUAACACUGAAAUAUGGGGCCGCUGUAUUUUGUGUUGCUCCAAAUGCGGUGUUUCCAUUUGAACAGUAUGAUGAAGAAUAUUUAGAGCAAAGGGAUGUCUAUCUGACUGAGUGCCAACAACAGCUCCAACAGUUUAUUGCCACAUAUGGACCUGGGACAGCUAUUUUUGCUAGUGAUGAAUAG